AUGCCGAAACUUGCCCACCAGAGACCAACUGCGCUGCAGCCAUACACGGCCACGCCGAAGCUGACCAAACGAAACGAAACGGAACACCAUGCAUCUCCAUUUACUCCCGCGGCUACAUUCUUUCUCGACUUCUUCUUCAAGUUCUCCGGCCUGGCCCUCGUCGCCAGCGCCAUCGCCCACCCCGGCGAGAAGCACUCUCCCGCCAAGCUCAAGAGGGACCUCGCCAUCCGCGAUGCCCAUGCCCAAAUGGGAGCCCGAUCUCUUGCCCAAUGCCAGAACUCUGCUGGCGCUCAGGCUCUCAAGCAGCGCUCCAUCCAGCGCCGCGCUGACACCGUCAAGGCCCUCCGGGAGAAGCGAGGCAUCAAGAAGACCCGUCGUGACCUGGCUGCGCUGCAGGACUGGGAGGCCCAAAACCACAACUACACGGGCUUGUCCAACAACGACAUGUUUACCCCUAUCGAGAACGUCUUUGACGCUAACACCUCUUGCGUCUUGGCGCCCGAGCUUACAGCCGGCCCAUAUUAUGUUGUGGGCGAGUAUAUGCGCUCCAACAUCAAGGAGGCCGAGCACUCUGACGGCGUGGAUAUCUUCCUUGAGGUCCAAUAUGUUGACAUCUCCACCUGUGGCGGUGUCCCGCACGUCGCUGUCGAUGUCUGGAACUGCAACGCCACCGGUGUUUACUCGGGAGUGAGCGAGAGCUCCUGCCAGGCUGGCAUCGACACCACCUUCCUCCGUGGUAUCCAGCUCACCGAUCACGAUGGUGUCGUCCAGUUCGAGACCAUCUUCCCGGGUCACUACACCGGCCGUGCUAUCCACACCCACCUGCUCAUGAACGCUACCGUCCAGAGCAAUGGCACUAUUAGCGUCUGGAACAAGGCUGUGUCCCACAUCGGCCAGCUGUUCUGGCCUGAGGACUUGCGCCAGGAGAUCAAGGCCCUGGAGCCGUAUGCCUCCAACACGGUCGCGGUGACGACAAAUGAUGAGGACAUGUGGGCUCCUCUUUCUGCGGACGAAUCUUUCGACCCCUUCCCACAAUUCGUUUACCUCGGCGACGAUGUCUCCGAUGGUCUCUUCGCAUGGAUCCAGAUCGGUAUCAACUCCACAGCCGACUACCAGAAUGACGACUACUAUGGCGUCGUGGGCUACCUCGAUGCUGAGGGUGGCCACGCCUUCGAGGGCGGCUCUGGAAUCGGCGGUGGCGGUUCGGGUCCUUCUGCGGUCAUGGAUGGGUACAUGUAUCCAAGAGCGCCUGGGACAUCAGUCCGUGACCCAGCCAUGGCGUAUCCACAACCCGGAUGGACCAUGCCCACGCAGUCAACUACACCGUAUUACGACGGCCAUGUCCUGCCAGCCUCAGACGAGCCCAUCCCGGAGAGAGACCUGCGCAUUGUCAGUGGGGGCUCGAUUAUCGAGGCAGAUUCGGUGUUCGACGAGGAGAGCGGGAGGACCUACCAGGACCACCCCACCGCGAGAUACAUGUUUCCAAACGACGCAGCGGAGCAGGACCGCUUGGACCUACAGCACAAAAUAUGUCGGAUAUAUCACGGUGGGGCCCUCCACCGGGCACCCGUUGGCCUGCCCAGGAACGUUCUCGAGAUCGCCACCGGCACGGGUUUGUGGGCAAUACAGUACGCAGCCGAGCAUCCUGGGUCCAAGGUCACCGGGACCGAUAUCAGCCGCAUACAGCCCUCUAAGAUACCAGACAACUGCUCAUUCGUCAAGGAGGACUCGGAACACGAUGAGUGGAUCUUCCAGGAUCCGUUCGGCUUCAUUUACAUGAGGCUGGUCAGCUGUAGUUUCGAUGACUACCCAACUGUGUUCCGGAAGUGUUUCGACAACCUGGAGCCUGGUGGCUGGUUGGAGCUAAACGAUAGCACGUUCGUGCUUGCCUGUGACGAUGGCAGCAUCCAGGGCACGAGCAUCGAGAAGUGGUCCCAACGAAUGUCCCAAGCGCAAGCUGUUAUGGGCCGAGACCCGGAGGUGCCCAAGAAAUACAGGCGAUGGAUGGUGGAAGCAGGGUUCGUCGACGUCGUCGAGCAGGUCGGUCUCCUGCCAGGCAACCCGUGGCCAGAAGAUCCAAAUCUUCGGGAGUUGGGAAAGUGGCAAAUGACAAGUCUCUACCGAGGCCUCCGCGGCCUUUCCUUCAAGCUGCUGCGGGCCCUUGGAAUGCCGCCGCAAGCAGUCGAGGAGUUUAUCAGUGCAGCUAGGGAGGACCUGAGGAACACCAGGCUCCACUUCUCUUUCCCAAUGUAA